AUGCGUGUGGUAAGAGGACAGGUUUGGAAUUUGUAUGACUGUCUCGCAAAGAAUGAAACUCCUGCUGGUUUAAUUACAAAGGAGCCGAUUCUUGUUACCAGAAGGUAUCGGCGGAAUCGGCCCAACACUGACAACUGGUCCCAAUGGUUUCGGGUUCGUCGUUGCACCAAUUAUUAUCGUGGAUGCUGCUGA